GAAAAAAAGAAACACUAAUUUUAUUGUAUUGAAUUCGGGAAUGGCAGUGAUGAGUAAUCUUUCCCAUCUUUUCCUUCUCACUCUUAUCGUCUUCUUCUUCAACCUUUCGCCAUCAUUUUCUUCAUCAUCAUCGGAAGUUCUAUCCAGAUUUCAACAAUAUUUGCGGAUAAACACCGCCCAACCCAAUCCAGAUUACUUUGAAGCUGCCAAAUUCAUCAUCUCCGAUGCAAAUUCAAUCUCUCUACAAUCCCAAACCAUUGAAUUCGUCUCAGGUAAACCUGUCGUCAUCCUCAAAUGGACUGGAAAAGAUCCGAAUCUUCCUUCCAUUCUCCUCAAUUCCCAUACAGACGUCGUUCCCUCAGAAGCAUCAAAAUGGAUUCAUCCUCCUUUAGGAGCUCACAUCGAUUCCGAUGGCCGAAUCUACGCUAGAGGAUCGCAGGACAUGAAGUGCGUUGGUAUGCAGUAUAUGGAAGCGAUUCGAAAAAUGAAGAAUCGUGGAUUCGAGCCUCUCCGAACUAUAUACUUAUCUUUCGUACCUGAUGAGGAGACUGGCGGACAUGAAGGCGCUGCGAAAUUUGCAAUAUCAGAUGUUUUCAAGGAAAUGAAUGUUGGAAUCGUUCUUGAUGAAGGUCUUGCUUCACCUGGCGAAAACUAUAGAGCUUUCUAUGGCGAGAGAUGCCCUUGGUGGACGGUUAUUAAAGCUGUUGGUGCUCCUGGUCAUGGAGCGAAGCUUUUUGAUAACUCUGCUAUGGAGAAUUUGUUGAAGAGUGUUGAGAGUGUGAGGAGAUUCAGAACUUCGCAGUUUGAUUUGGUGAAAUCUGGUUUGAGAGAAGAAGGCGAUGUCAUAUCAGUGAAUAUGGCGUUCCUGAAAGCUGGGACUUCUUCUCCCACUGGUUUUGUGAUGAAUCUUCAGCCAUCUGAGGCCGAAGCUGGGUUUGAUGUUAGGAUACCACCAACUGCUGAUCCAGUUUCUGUUGAGAGACGAAUUGCAGAGGAAUGGGCGCCAGUUUCCAGGAACAUGACAUAUUCGUUCAAGCAAAAAGUGUCUGUUCAUGACAAAUUUGGGAAGCCAGCUAUCACAGCUACUGACAGUUCAAAUCCAUGGUGGGGCUUGUUUGAAGAAGCUGUGAAGAAAGCUGGUGGAAAACUAGGAAAACCCGAGAUUUUUCCUGCCUCCACAGAUUCUCGCUACUUUCGGGAGCUUGGCAUACCUGCUAUUGGAUUUUCUCCUAUGGCAAACACUCCCAUUCUCCUUCAUGAUCACAAUGAGUUCUUAAGCAAGGACGAGUAUUUGAAAGGCAUAGAUGUUUACGUCUCAAUAAUUGAAGCCUAUGCAUCAUUCCGUGGAACAUCAUCUCAAGGUUCGACAAGAGAGGAAUUGUAAACAUUUCUGCUGUUUUUUGGAGAAAUUGUUUUAGAGAUGAAUGUUUUUCUUCUUUAGGCUGUUAAAUUGGCUAUGGAUGAACUUUAUUUAUUUACUUUUGAAUAAUGUUUCUUUAGGGAAAAGACUUGUUCAUAUCUAUGUCAUAAAUUGUUUUU